AUGUUUGAGGAAAAGAUCGUUGACUUCAAGCCCUCUCCUGGGUCAAUCCCGUUGGUUGGUGCUUCGAUUGUGGUGGACCAAUCAGAUUACCCUGGUGUUAUCCGCGCCGCCAGGGACUUGGCCCAGGACUUUGCUCGCGUGACGAAAGGAGAUGCAAGUCCGUUAGUUGUGAUAUCGACUGACUCGGACUACGAGAGGAUACAGACGAAGACAGCCAUUAUCAUCGGCAGUGUUGCUUCGAGUGGGAUCAUCAAGACGCUUGCGCAACAGGGCAAACUUGAUGUCAAGGCAAUUGAGGGAAAAUGGGAAACAUUCAGCACGACUAUCAUCGAUCAGCCUCUGGCGAAGUGUGAAAAGGCUCUGGUGAUAGCUGGCAGUGAUAAGCGAGGUACCAUCUUUGGCAUCUACACGCUAUCUGAACAAAUUGGUGUCUCGCCAUGGUACUGGUGGGCCGAUGUACCACCAAAGCACCAUAAAGAGAUAUAUGCCAUUGACAAACAGACUGUCCACGGCGAGCCAUCUGUACGACAUCGCGGUAUUUUCCUCAAUGAUGAAGCACCUGCCUUGACUGGUUGGGCGAGAGAGAAGUUUGGAGGAUACAACUCAAAAUUCUAUGUCCAAGUCUUUGAACUUCUACUCAGACUCAAGGCCAACUUCCUCUGGCCAGCAAUGUGGCCCGGCUAUCCCAACCCCGGCGCAUCCUUCUUCACAGAUGAUCCACUGAAUCAAAAGCUCGCAGACGAAUACGGCAUCGUCAUAUCAACAUCCCACCAUGAGCCUAUGCAACGACUCUCAAACGAGUGGUUUGCCGAGAAUCCAGACGGAAGCUGGAAUUGGUUGACCAACAAGCAGAAAAUAACCGAAUUCUUUGAGCACGGUGCUAGUCGAGCCAAAGGCUGCGACUCAUACUUCACUCUGGGCAUCAGAGGAGAAUAUGACAAGAAGAUGCUGGCUGAGGAUCCUGCUGCUGUGGUUCAGGAUGCUAUUGAGACGCAGAGGCAGGUUGUUAAGAAAGUUUAUGGAAGUGAAGACGCUGUACCUCAACUCUUCGCGAUCUACAAAGAGGUCCAGUCGAUGUUCGAAACCGGCCGGCUGAGUGUUCCAGAUGAUGUCACUCUUCUGUUUCAGGAUGACAACUUUGGUACGAUCCGUCGACUUCCUACGAAGGAGGAGGCUAAGAGGAAGGGUGGAGCUGGCGUAUACUACCAUCUUCAGUACGUCGGCGAUCCUCGCAGCUACAAGUGGAUCAACACGAACUCACUAGGAAAAGUAUGGCAUCAACUCCAGCAAGCGUACCAUCACAACGCUCGCCAAAUCUGGGUUUUCAACGUAGGUGACCUAAAGCCUCAAGAAAUCCCCAUAUCCUUUGCUAUGGCUCUAGCUUGGAACAUCAACAGCAUCAAACACGAUACUCUCCUACAGUUCUUCCGUCAAGCUGCUGAACGUGAAUUUGGCGCUGAGCUUGCGGAUGAAGUUGGGUCAAUCUGGCAUCGACACGAUCGGCUGCUCGCUUUAAGAAAGCAUGAGCAUAUCGAGCCUGACACUUUCUCGGUUUUGCAUUACAGAGAAGCCGAUACCAUCCAUCGUCGAUGGAAAGAGCUUCUUGACGAUGCUGAAAGAGUGCAUGCCCAUGUUUCCGAAGCAGAAAAGGCAGCGUCUUUCCAGCUUAUUCUCCAUCCUACCAAGGCGUCUUACAUCUACAACGAGGUACGCUGGAGUCAAGCUCUAAACAAGCUAUACGCUCGUCAAAGACGAAACUCAGCGAACACAUAUGCCCAAAUCGCUCUGGACGCGUUUGACCAGGACUUCACACUAUCAGAAGAAUAUCACAGCCUUUUAGACGGGAAGUGGAACCAUAUUCUGAUGCAGCCCCACUACGGCUACGAAGAUACAUGGCACGCUCCUUCACGCGACAUGAUUGGCGGGCUCUGCUUUGUUCAGAAACGUCAGAACUCGAAUCCUAUUGUUGGGCAGAUGGGUGUUGCAGUUGAAGGGCAUGAGGGCGUGAGACCAGGUCGAAUCAAUGAAGAGUCUGAGAGGACGCAUCCAAGCAGACGGGAUCUUGUUCCUGGUUUGACUUUACGGCCUAUGAGUCGGUAUGGACCUGAGGCUCGAUACUUUGACAUCUUUACCCGAGGAGUCCCGAGGAUCAACUGGUCGACUUCAGCGCCUGAGCCUUGGGUAAAGCUGUCGAAGGUCUCGGGGGUCUUGGUACCUGGUGAGGAUGAUGCCAGGGUUGAGAUCUCAGUUGACUGGGAUCAAGUGCCUGAUGACUUCAAAGAGGAAAUACUCAUCGACGUUCGGUCGGAAGAGGGAGAUUUUGAACAGGUCCAUCUACCAAUCGAUGGCAGACGAGUACCAGACUCGUUCAAGGGUUUCGUUGAGCAGGACGGUUUCGUGUCUAUCCCUGCCACCGAUUGUCACCUCGAGACUUCGUACCUAGUUCUGCCCGACGCUGGCAGACUCGAAACUGGCUCUUUGAUUCUGACCCCAGGAACCGUCAGCGACGAUUCGAUACCCUACGUUCACUAUCCUUUUUACCUCUUCAGCGAGACUUCCAGCGCUAAGUUGGUGCUUUACUUCGGCACGACUCUGGAUCUUUCCUCAGAAGAUGUUCUGACCUAUGACGUUCGAAUCGACGAGGAACAAAGCCAAAGCUAUGCUCUGCAGAAGAGAACUCCAGAGAGUGAGAAGAACGCUGCUGACAAGGGAUGGGCGUCUGCCGACGGCUGGUUCUUUGCUGCGUCGGAUAAUGUAUGGGUGCGGGAGCAUGCGCUUAGGUUGGGACCUGGUGCACAUACGCUACAUCUCAGGUUGGGGCAUACGAACAUGUUGCUUGAGAAGAUCGUGAUCAACUGCGGUGGAGUAGCGAAGAGCUACCUAGGUCCUCCAUUUGGCAUCAAGGCUUAA